UGCAAAUUUUAAAAUCAAUCAUCAACAAAUCUUUUUCCAAUUUUUACUUGUCGGUCGAGAGUCCAUGCCCGCCACUCUCAUGGAUCCCACGAUCUGGCACAAGGUCGCCGCCAUCUCUGGAGUUGCUGCCCUUGGUCUUGGGACCUACGGCGCCCACGUGUUCAAGCCAAAAAAUAUAGCUUACAAAGAUGUUUGGCACACUGCAUCUCUCUAUCAUUUGGUUCACACUGCUGCGUUGCUGUCUGCACCGCUCACUAAACACCCCAACCUUUUUGGAGGACUGCUGACAACUGGGAUUAUUGCCUUCUCUGGAAC